AUGAUUAGGCAUGAAGAGCUGCGGGAGAAAACGGACAGUGAUCGGGAUCUUAUCAAACAGGCACUCAAGGGAAACCUUGUGUGCUCUUCGUUGAAUGAAGCCGAAAUCGAGGCUUUGUGUGAAGCCAUGAAGUUCUACGUUUUCACACAAGGCGAACUCGUUUGCCAGCAGGGAGCGAUGGGAUCUCAUUUCUUCAUUAUCCAUUCUGGACAAUUUGAAGUGUCGAUCAACGGAAAGGUUGUCAAUCAUAUGAAAAAAGGAAAGGCAUUCGGCGAAAUUGCUCUGAUUCACAACACGCCAAGAAGUGCAACAGUGAAAGCCUCUACUGACGGAGCUGUGUGGGGUGUUCAACGGACGACAUUCAGAAAUAUUUUGAAGCAGUUAUCCAGCAGAAAUUUCUCGGAAAAUCGAGCUUUCCUAGAAAGUGUUAAAAUUUUUGAAAUGCUGACUGAAGCACAGAAGACGAUGAUAACAAACGCAUUAGUGGUCGAGUCUUUCGUCGAUGGCCAGAACAUUGUGAAAGAGGGAGAAAAAGGAGACGUCCUCUAUAUCAUCAAGCAAGGGAAGGCGAAAGUUGUCAUUCGUGGAACUGUUAUCCGUGAACUCGCUAAGGGGGAUUAUUUCGGUGAACGUGCUUUACUGUAUGAUGAACCUCGAUCUGCUACAAUCACUUCUGUUGGUCCAACUGUGUGUGUUUCUAUCGGAAGAGAUUUACUGCAAAAAGUUCUUGGAAAUCUUCAGCAUGUCUUAUUCAGAAAUGUAAUGCUUAUCGCUCUUCAAAACAGUUCGGUUUUCCAACAAUUUACGGAAGAACAAUUGGGAUCCUUAAUCGAAGCUGCAGUCGUGAAAGAUUAUCCGGAGAAUUAUACAAUCCUUGAUCGAGAAACGCGAGCCAGGGUAGGAAUUCAAUUUUUGGGAGGGCCAGAGAUGGAUCCUUCUUCUUAGGGUGUCCGUUUCUUCAUCGUUUUGGAAGGUGACGUUCUUGUGAGUUUGGAGGGGAAGAAAAUAGGGAAACUCGAUCGAGGACAGUCUUUCGGAGAAGAGUACGUAUUGCAGCCGAAUCGUCCCUUCCAGCAUCGCGUUGAUUCAAUUUCAAACUCCAAGCUAGCGUUAUUAACUUCAUCGGCUCUUGCGGCUUCCCUUGGUUCUAAUGACAUCGAUGAAACUCUUGAUUACAACAAUAAACGAGCAAUUAUAAAAAAGAUGUAUAUUUUCCGAUAUUUGUCUGAAUCUCAAAUGGAUAUGCUAAUCAGAGCAUUCAAAACUGUCCGGUUUUCUAUGGCUGAAUCAAUUAUUAGAGAAGGAGAAAUGGGAUCGCGUUUUUUCAUCAUCAAAUCUGGUGAAGUUGCUGUUUUGAAAGGAGGCAAGAAAUUGCGAACAUGUGGACGACACGAUUACUUCGGAGAACGUGCUCUACUGUAUGACGAACCAAGAACAGCUUCAAUUGAAGCCACAUCGAAGGAAGUAGAUCUUUGGGUCGUUGAAAAAGCAAUUUUCUUGCAAUUUAUUCAUGGGCCAAUGUUGUCCCAUUUGGAGGAGAGGAUUAGAUUGCAGGAUACUAAAGUUCGCUUCGAUGAGCUUGCUGUUGUUCGCAUCAUUGGAAGAGGGACAUUUGGGACAGUCAAAUUAGUGAAACAUAAACCAACAGGAACCCGCUAUGCACUUAAAUGUGUGAGUAGAAAAUCAGUGAUUCAAUUGAAUCAGCAGGAACAUAUUCGAUUGGAAAGAGAAAUUUUAGCAGAGAAUGAUCAUCCUUUCAUCAUUAAACUUGUUCGGACGUUCCGUGAUUCUGAAUUUCUUUAUUUCCUAACUGAGUUGAUUACGGGUGGAGAACUCUACGAUGCAAUCCGAAAAUUGGGACUUCUGACAAGACCGCAGUCCCAAUUCUACUUGGCAUCAAUUAUCUUGGCUAUUGAAUACCUCCAUGAAAGAAAUAUUGCCUAUAGAGAUCUCAAGCCUGAGAACAUUUUGUUGGAUUCUCAAGGUUACAUCAAGUUGAUUGACUUUGGGUGUGCCAAAAAGAUGCAAGGUCGUUGUUACACAUUUGUUGGGACGCCCCAUUACAUGGCGCCCGAGGUGAUUCUAGGCAAGGGAUAUACAUCAACUGCUGACAUCUGGGCUUUCGGAGUCUGUUUGUAUGAAUUCAUGUGUGGCCCUUUGCCAUUCGGAAACGAUGCGGAGGAUCAGCUGGAAAUUUUUCGAGAUAUUUUAACUGGAAAGCUUGUCUUUCCACAUUAUGUGGUUGACCAGGAUGCCAUCAAUGUGAUGAAGCGCCUCUUAUGCAGGCUUCCCGAAGUUCGAAUUGGAUGUUCAAUCAACGGCUAUAAGGACAUCAAAGAUCACGCAUUUUUCCGUGAAUUCGAUUGGGAUAAACUGUUAGGAAGAGGUCUGGUUCCUCCGUUGGUUCCGGCCGGGGAAGUUUAUGCGGAAGAUAAUGAUGAGGGAUCGCCAGGGGAAGAGGAAAUUGAUGAGGUGAAGCUUGAAGACGAGUACGAUUGGGACAAAGAAUUCUAG